CAAUAACAGUACUAGCGGGGGAUGAGUCAUGAGAGGUAAGAGAUGUGUGUAAAUAUCUACAGGGCAAGGACGAUACACUUGAGCAUCAGCACCACCGGGAAGUGUUGUAUAAGCGUGCCUUUCCUGCGAUUCCCUCCUCAUUUAUUUCAUCGCUCCAUUCCUUUCAAACGCAUCUCUUCGCUCACAAAAAGAUUUCUGGUAGCUUUAGCAAUGGAUGGUCCAAAAGCUGGUGCACCUAAGGAAAUGCCACUGGGUUUUGAUGAUACGACUGAGGAAGAAUAUGCUUCUCAGUCUAGUUUACUUCAAGAAUUCAAUAGUAUCUCCAACAUUGACAACGCAUGGAUUUUUAAUUCUGACAGUGCACUCGCCUCUCAGGGAAUGUUUUGUAUUAGCCAACCAAAUCUUCUCACAAACAAGAGAAAGAAGUUCAUACUAUCCUCUACAAUAUUUAAGGAAAGUAACAGCUCUGUAAAAUUUCACUGGGCUCCAUUUCCCAUAGAGAUGUCUGGAGCAUCUAAAGUUGUUCCAUCACCUUCUGGCUCAAAACUUCUGGUAGUUCGAAAUCCUGAGAACGAAGGUCCUUCUCACCUUGAAAUAUGGAAUUCAUCUCACUUGGAAAAGGAAUUCCAUAUCCCCCAGUUAGUGCAUGGCUCAGUAUAUACUGAUGGAUGGUUUGAGGGAAUCUCUUGGAACUUGGAUGAAACUUGUAUAGCAUAUGUAGCUGAAGAGCCAUCCCCUGCAAAGCCUAAUUUCAAUGAUCAGGGCUACAAGAAAGGUGGUUUGACAGAUAAGGACAGUGGUAGCUGGAAAGGUCAAGGGGAUUGGGAGGAGAACUGGGGAGAAACAUAUGCAGGAAACAGGCAACCUGCACUUUUUGUUAUAAGCAUCAAAAGUGGAGAGGUACAACCUGUUAAAGGAAUCGACAAAUCUUUGAGUGUUGGACAAGUUGUGUGGUCUCCAUCAACUGAAGGCUCAGCACAAUAUUUAGUAUUCGUUGGAUGGUCAUUUGAGACAAGAAAACUUGGUAUGAAGUACUGUUACAACAGACCUUGCGCAUUAUAUGCUGUUAAAGCCCCACACCAUGAGUCAAAUGCUAAUGAAACAGAGAAUCACAGCUCAACUGAAGAUUUCCAGGCAGUAAACCUAACCUGGACUAUAAAUAGUGCUUUCUUUCCACGGUUCAGCCCAGAUGGGAAGUUCCUUGUGUUUUUAUCUGCAAAAUGUUCAGUGGAUUCUGGAGCCCACUCUGCAACAAAUUCACUCCAUAGAAUUGAUUGGCCCACUGACUUGAAGGAUUACAAAUCUUUUGAAGUUUAUGACGUGAUCCCUGUUGUGAUGUGCGCUGAGGAUGGUUGCUUCCCUGGGCUUUACUGUUCAGCUGUCCUUUCUAAUCCUUGGCUUUCUGAUGGAUGCACUAUGAUUUUACCGUCUGUUUGGCAUAGCUGUCAAGUUUUACUUUCAGUGAACGUGUUGAGUGGAGAAGUAUCAAGGAUCACCCCUGCUGACUCAAAUUUCUCAUGGGGUCUUCUUGCAUUAGAUGGGAACAAUAUUCUUUCUGUUUUGAGCAGUCCAGUAGAUGUUCCUGAAAUCAGUUAUGGCACCAUUAUUGAGAAGGAAAAUGAUGCUAAGGCUUGGAGUUGGUCAAAUGUAUCAAGUCCCAUAUUCAGAUGCUCUGACAAGGUCAGAUCCUUGCUGUCCUCUCUUCAGUUCAGUGUAAUGAAAAUCUCCGUGAAAGUUGCUUCUGAUAACCUAACCAAAGGUGCUAGGAAGCCUAUUGAAGCUAUAUUUGUGUCAUCAAAAACCAAGAAAAAUGAUACAUGCGAUCCACUAAUUGCAAUCCUUCAUGGGGGACCCCACUCUGUCUCUUUGUCAAGUUUUUCAAAGUCACUGGCUUUCUUAUCUUCUCUUCGAUAUAGCUUGUUGAUUGUAAAUUACAGAGGUUCAAUAGGAUUUGGCGAGGACGCAUUACAAUCUCUCCCUGGAAAAGCUGGUUCUCAGGAUGUUGAUGAUGUAAUCACUGCCAUAGAUCAUGUCAUUAACUUAGGACUUGCCAGUCCAUCAAAGAUCGCAGUGCUGGGUGGUUCGCAUGGUGGGUUUCUGACAACCCACCUGAUUGGCCAGGCACCAGAGAAGUUUGUUGUGGCAGCUGUGAGAAACCCUGUUUGUAACCUUUCAUUGAUGGUUGGUAUAACUGACAUCCCUGACUGGUGCUAUGUGGAGUCCUAUGGGAUAGCCGGGAAGGAUAGGUAUACAGAAGCACCUUCAGAGGAGGAUCUCACUCUAUUUUACAGCAAGUCUCCUAUUGCAUAUCUCUCAAAGGUAAAAACACCAACGCUUUUCCUAUUAGGUGCUCAAGAUCUUCGUGUUCCAGUUUCUAAUGGAUUGCAAUAUGCAAGGGCCCUAAAGGCCAAAGGAGUUGACACCAAAAUAAUAGUGUUUCCCAAUGAUGUUCAUUCAAUUGACAGGCCACAAUCUGACUUUGAAAGCUUCAUUAAUAUUGGGGUAUGGUUCAAGAAGUAUUGUAAAUGAGCAAGAAUUUCCAAAUGCCUCCUGAAUUUAAAUAUUGUUUUCCUUGAUCUUACAUCAUAUGAAUAUUUGAAUACAAGCUCUUCAUUUGUCUUUU